AAAUCUUACUGAAGAAACAUAAAAGAAAAUACAAUAAAUUGGUUUGGCCCAGGCCUCCUCAGGUAUUAAUCUAAAGAAUUGAGCAGCAGGUUAGGGUUCUUGCUAUCCGCAAUUCGCAUUCACCCCUUUAUAUAUUUCUGGAAAAUUAUACAUACAUAUAAAUUAAAUCUCGUGUCUAUAAAUUUCUUCGCUCUGGAUUAGAAAGUUUGGGGCUUUAUUGUUUCUGCAUUUUACUUAAUUCGUGGGUUUUAAAGCGCUUUGCAAGACUAAACGUAUCUAUGGCUGAAUCUAAUAUAAUGGAUAAGACUGGUGAUCUGAUUAAACAACUUGGUAAGGCUUUCCUCGAGUUGCAAUCUCACAAGGAAACAGCUGAAAACAAGAUUAUGUGGAAAGAAAUUGAAGAGCAUUAUUGCCAGCUGCAAACAACAAUGGUGAAGCAAUUCUCAGAGCUAGAAUCUAGAGAGAAGGCUUAUAAAGAAGAAGAAUCUGAAUUUUACUCAUUUCUUGAAGUGAGGGCGGCAAACGUUGUUGCUAAAGAGCAAGAUAUGAUGGAUCGUGUACAGGAACUAAAAAAUGAAGCUGUUGCUGCCAUCACCGAGGUACGGGCUAUGCAUCCGUCAGCAUCUUUGGAAUCUACGGAUGUUGGUUAUAAUAAAGAAAGUAAGAUAAGUAGCCCUAGUGGUGAUAAAAAUGCAAUCCUCACUGCCAAAGAAGAACCUCAUAAGACAGUUGAAAGUGAUGGAGUGGUUGGGGAGGUUGAGCUUCGUCACAAGCUGACACAGUUUUGCGAGCAAAUGAAUGCAAAAGGGCUUGUAAGCUUUAUACUGGAGAAUCAAAAAAUAGUACCUCGCAUUAGCGAUGAAGUCUCUGUCGCACUUGAAAGUGCAAGCGAACCAGGCCGAUUGGUACUGGCUUCGUUGGAGGGGUUCUUCCCUUCUGACCCUAAUACCCAAGAAGGGAACAAAAAAGACGCUGUCCUUCAGGGCAUGCGUCAAUCUUGUCUCGUAGUUUUGGAUGCCAUGGCCACUUUGUUGGCAAAGGCUGACUUUAGGGCUGAUCACCUCCUAAACCCUGAGUUUAAGCAGCAAGCCAAGGCCAUCGCUGAUAUGUGGAAGCCUAAUAUGGCUGAUGCAGGCAUACAUGCUGCCAAUGGAAAUUCAUUGGAAGCUGAAGCAUUCUUGCAGCUUCUUUCAGUUUUUAGGAUUGCUUCUGAGUUUGAUGACGAAGAACUCUGCAAGCUUGUUCUUGCUGUUGUUAAAAAAAGGCAGUUGCCUGAGCUCUGCCGUUCCCUUGGUUUAGCACACAAAAUGCCAGGUGUUGUGGAAUCAUUGAUUAACAGUGGCAAACAAAUAGAUGCUGUCCAUCUUGCUCAUGCCUUCCAGCUUACCAAAAGCUUCCCUCUUGUGACUCUAUUACAGACUUACUUGAAAGACCUAAGAAGAAACUCACAAGGAAAGAAGGGUGGUGCAGGUAGUGGGCAGAAAGAUGCAAAUGCCCAGGAACUUGCAGCACUGAAGGUUGUGAUUCAGUGUGUCCACGACUAUGAUCUUGAGGCUGACUAUCCUCUUGAUCCACUUCAUAGAAGAGUUGCUCAGUUGGAAAAAGCAAAGCCCGAUAAGAAGAGGUUUGGAGAAUCUGGUAAAAACCAACAGGUAAAGAAGCCUCGGACGAAUGGAGGAUUCCGUGCACCUCCUGCUACAGCCACAGUUGUUAGUAGGCAAGCUCCAACAUAUGCCGGGGAGAGAACUUAUGCUGGAAUUGCAGAGAGGUUUCCGCGUGCUGUUCCAGACCCAUAUACUUACCAGGCCCCAACACAGUCUACAUAUGGUCAGCCGGGUUAUGAUCACAGAUCAUACUAUUAUCCACACGGAGAACGAGUUGCUGCCCCUACGUAUGCUGCAUACAAUACUGCUCCUUUGGGUUACACCAAGUACACAAGUAGUGGAAUGCCUACAUCGCACCCAUCCUAUAUUUGAUCUCCAAAUUGAAGCUAGUACUUUUAGUUGUGUUCAAUGAAUCUCCCCUAGGUGGAUUUGUUUAAGCGUCCCGUUUCAGGUCUCUAAGCCUUGUAAAACACAAGAUUGUAUCCGGAGCUUAACAUUGUAAUUCAAACUAGUUGGAGUAAUUGAACUCUUGGUUACUGCUUUUAGAUA